ACACACAGAUCUGCAGCAGAGCCUCGUCCUCGGGGCUUUUUAAACCGUGUUUCUCUUCACGCUCCAACAACAACAACAUCCUCCAACCGAAGCACCGCAGCUCUGCACGCGUCGAACCGACGAUCACCGCGGGAACAACGAGCACAACAUCCCGCCACAGAGACAGACAACGACGAGGAGGGUUUUCAACGUGUUUAAAAGAGAGAGAGAGAGAGUCCAGAUAGAAGCUGCGGGUCAAUUAACCCUUCACCCCCCCGGAGCGGUGCUGCUGCCGGGAGAAGCCACGGUGACGGUGCCCCGGGUGAGAUGAGAGCGGAGCGGGAGUGUGACCGUCAUUCCGUCGUGGCCGCGGCGGACUCGGGGCUUGCAGCGAACUCGGCGCGGCCGCGUUGAUGCAGCAUCUGCGGGGUUCAAAUCCGCCACCGCUCGGAUCUGGGAGGACAAAAGGUGAAACCGGGGCCCGGACCGAGGAACGAAACCAGCGUCUGCGACCGCCAGUGGCUGCGUGAGGAAUCGGGUAAUAGAGUGAAGUGACAACCUGCAGGUAGCUGCGUGACUGCGUCAGGAUGGCGGCCGUAGUGAACUACUCUCCACCGUGGUGGGUGAAUCUGCUUCACCGGUUGCCUCAUUUCAACAUCGAAUUCCAGAUGGUGAGCAGUGACUUCAGGCCCGAGGACUCUGAGUAUCAAAAGUCUGUGUUGCUGCUUGGUGCUGUGGCGUUGCUAUGUUUGGGCCUGGACCUCCUCUUUCUCCUUUUCUACUCUUUCUGGCUUUGCUGCCGGAGACGCAAGAGUGAUGAAUCCUCACACUCCCAUACGCACUCGCAGCAGCCGAGCGCCGACUGCUGCUGCACGGCCUGGUGCGUCAUCAUCGCCACACUUGUCUGCAGCGCUGGCAUCGCUGUAGGCUUCUACGGAAAUGGAGAGUCGAGCGAUGGAGCCAAUCGUUUGGCGUACUCCCUCCGUCAUGCCAACCGCACUGUAUCUGGGGUAGAGAAACUGGUGUCUGACAGCGCCCUAGCCUUAAACCAGACCGUGGAGGAGAACCUGGUCCAGUUAGAGACGGCCUUCCAGGAGCAGACAGACUACGUGUCCAUCGUCCAGAAGCUGCAGGGCCAGCUGGAUGAGCUGGUUAAGCUGAUGGUGGACGUUCCCUUCUGGUCCAAUACCGAUAUUUCACUGGAGGAUUUUGCCCGGAAGACUGAGGCUUUUGACUUUUACAGGUGGUUGGGAUACCUGGGCCUGCUGCUGUUUGACGUACUCAUUUGUCUUCUGGUGCUCUUCGGCUUGAUUCGUAACUCCAGAGGCACUCUCAUUGGAGUGUGUCUGCUGGGGGUUCUGACUCUGAUCAUCAGCUGGGGGUCUCUCGGCCUGGAACUGGCUGUCGCUGCUUCAGCCAGCGACUUCUGCGCUUCCCCGGAUACCUACAUCACCAGAGUAACCAAGGAAAACGCUGUCAUUAACCAAGAUAUCCUGCAGUAUUACCUGAGGUGCAGUCCUGGCCAAAUUAAUCCCUUCCAGCAGAGGCUGUCAGGGAGUCACAAAGCAUUGGUGGAGAUGCAGGAUGAUGUGGCAGAGCUACUGAGAUCAGCAACACGUGAUUAUGCCAACACUAAGGGGAGUCUCGAGCAAAUCCAGUCUGUGCUGAAUUCCACGGAGGUUGGUCUUCACCAGCUGACGGCUCUGGUCGACUGUCGCAGCCUACACAUGGACUAUGUUCAAGCAUUAACAGGCCUGUGUUAUGACGGAGUCGAGGGUCUCAUCUACCUGGUUCUCUUCUCCUUUGUCACUGCUCUGAUGUUCUCCUCCAUCGUGUGCAGUGUGCCACAUACCUGGCCUGGCAAGAGGACGGAUGAGGAAGAUGGAGAGGACGAGUCGGGCGCCUCACGUGGCGGCGUGCACGAUAACCUGUACCGCGUUCACAUGCCCAGUCUCUACAGCUGUGGCUCCAGCUACGGUAGCGAAGCUAGCCUGCCCGCUACAGCCCACACUGUCAGCAAUGCCCCCGUCACUGAAUACAUGAGCCAGAACGCAAACUUUCAGAACCCUCGGUGUGAGAACACCCCCCUGAUUGGCAGGGAGUCCCCUCCACCCUCUUACACCUCCAGUAUGAGAGCGAAGUACCUGGCCACCAACCGACCAGACCAGAACCGACGCUCCGUUCCCAACGACCAACUGGACCCGGCUAGCCGGCCUCACCCCACCGCACGACCACAGUCGUCAGUCCACUAGAUACCAGAGCUGCAUCAGUCCACAUCAGUACUGCCUGAAUCCAGUUCUCACCGCCAACAAGACCCAACGCUGCAGCGCUCAACCAGAGCCGAGUGCUUCAAGCACCAACAGGACCCCAGUUCGUCAAAGUCCACUGAAUCUCACUUCAUCACCGGUUCACCAGAAACAACACAGCAAGUCGGAACUCACCAACACCUCACCUCAGUUACCGACUGCACAAGGUCAACAUCACCUCCUCACACACAAGUACCGGUCAACAGUCUUCUUCAUCCUACAAGAUCAUCAUCUCUGCUACUCUUGUUCUUCGUGAACACACUCCUCACGCUGCUCAGUCCACCAUUGCUGGCCAAACCGCAAUACCCACAAUCCACUGCAACUAAAGCUCUGGCUCCUUCUCUUUUCUCUCUGUUUCUUUUUCUGCUCUUCAAAUCUCUCCUCCUCCACUAGGAUCUGUACACUGCCCUCUAGUGGGAAAAGCUACAGCACUCUCUUUAACACACACACACACACACACACACACACACACACACACACACACACACACUGUACAGAGUUGUAAAUAGUAGACAUGUGCUUUAUCCUGAUUCCAUGAAACGUAGACUGAUGAAUCAUUACUGGUAACGUGGCGUGCUGUGUGUUUAUCAUGGAAAAGUUUCGCUCUAUUUCUCAUACACACACACACACACGCACAUGCACACACACACACACACACACUGUGUGAAAAGAAUAUCCAGUGAAUCAGAAAGCCAUGUUAGACAGAAACUCGCACCACAUCCACAUUCUCUCUUUAACUUAUCAUUGGUGUCUAAUAACGAAGACUUGAAUCGUGAGCUCCUGAAGUGUGUCCACGCCUCUCUCCUUGCGUGUUUACGUGCACGUCAGUUAAUGCAUUUUUUGAAUACGAGCCAGGAAUCCUGUCGAGGAAUAACCGCUUUGAAGCUUUUGGGAAAUGGAGGGGGAGACAAAUUGGACAUGAGCGAGGCUCGACCUGUGCCAAAAACUAUAGAAUAAAUAUGAGGGAUGCCUGAUUCUGUCCUCUUCUCCUGCUGCCUCCAGAUGAAAUAACUCUGGAAUGUUUUCUCUGUGACUGUAAAUAAAAGGGAAGAGGAGAGACACUUGAAAAGGGAAGCGAUGGACAGAUGAUUGUGACCACACGUUUGCCAGGUGCUAAAUAAGCCAGAGGACGAUCAGCACUGAGAAGGGAUGGAAACGCUUUUCUUACUCCAGUGUGUUUUUUUUUUUUUCAUUCAGGGAUGUGAUCAGGAAUACACAACAGAGAUUUAAAAAAAAAACCCAACAACUUCCCAUCAUCACUGACAGGAAGUUGUGCUCUGAAACCUGAUAAAACACGUCCCUGGUUAAUAACGUUACCUAAGUGUUUCAGAAUUAAAGACGGUGGGUGUUUUUUUAAUGUUUAUUCAAAAUCUGACAUUCGGGUUGUAAUACUGUGACCAACUGAAGUAUUCUGUUUUUCUUCUAUACAGUUGUUUCUUUAUUCCUGUGCUUUUAUUUUGUUAAGCGGUGACUUGUGAUAUUCAGCCACCAGAAGCAAGAUUUUAUUUUAUUUUAUUUUAUUUUUUAUUUUUUACCCACAAGCACAAAUUCUCUUCGAGGUGACUUUGUGAGAUGGAGAAGUAAAACACUGCCUGGAACUCUGCCGGUGGUUUUUCCUCUGGCUCUAAAACUCUGUGUACAAAAACAAAAGUGUAGUCGUGAACCCGUGCGUGUGACAUCACUGCAGCGUGAUUGGCUGUUGCUCUAUCUCAGUGUUACCUUGUGUAAAUACAGUGAUCAGUGUGUGUGACUGGCCACAAGCGAGGGUCAGCUUAUCUUAGCCUGAGUCAUUUCUAUAGACGCUGCACAUGCCCCCCCGCACACACGCGCUAAUACACACACACACACACACACACACACACAUACAUAUAUACAUGCCAUGCAGACACACACACACACACACAAAACACUGCAGUAUCGUAUAAAGACCCAUCUUUCCUUGCUUUCGUCCCGUUUACAUUCACAUCUAGAGCCGUAGUAACCGCACACCCUCCCACAGCUGUGACAUCACACCAAUGACCACUUGCAUUAUGGGUGAUGGUAGUAGGUAGUAGGUGCAUUUCAGAGAAACCCCAUAGUUAGCCGAGCGAGCAGAGCCCCAACACCUUUCAGCCACCAUUCCUGUACAGCAUUUUAAUAUUUUAUUAUUAAUCAAUGACCACUUCUCGUAUUAGCGAGACAAUCUUACAAGUGUGAUUUUACUAGAAGGAAAAUGUCCAUGUUAUGGUAACAAUGCUACCUAUGGUCUAGUAUUUUACAGUGUGUUUUCUUUUUCUUUUUUUGCACCAUUGAUGCAAACAACGAUAAGAUCUGUGGGACUAGUCACUGAUUAAUGGCCUUUCAUAAUGUUUUUAAACUCUUACAGCACUUCAUAUCACAACAUGUUUUUUUUAUUUCUCUGUCUUGUAAAAAAAAAAAAUCCAAGUUUAAAGAUAAAACAAUAGCUAGCUGUUUUGUAGGAGAAUAAAGGCAAGAGCAGCGUUUUUCCUCUCUUAUUAAUGGUGAAUGACUCUGUCUUGCGAUGUUUUAAUAAAACUAUUCCAGUGUUCUCUGCAUACCUGGAUCACAGUUGUGUUUGAAUUCCUGUGCAAUGAUUUCUGGGAUCAACCUGGUGCAGUGUGAAUCGAUGGGGGGGGGGG